GUCGCCGCUCGAUCUUCUGGUUCAAGGGUGACACUGUUGAAGGCCGAGAGUUAGUUAUGCAGUUAAUGAGUGUUAAGGGGAAUUUCCUAGUGACCAGACAGUUCCAGGACGCCAUCAGAUCGGGGAAGUUAGACACACGAAAUACCAACCUGAUUAUCAACGACCUGUCACCUGAGGACUCGGCGAGCUAUACCUGCUCCUUGGCUGUCGCAGGGCAGACGGUGACGCAUACCCUCACUGUAGAAGGUGGCAGGAGACAGGCGCCGCCACUGAUGCUGACGGCGCUACCGACUGACGGAAGAGUGUCAGCAGGCGAAGGCUUCCCCGCCACCCUCAGCUGCGUUGUGUCUGGGUCCGACGCUGCCGUGUCGUGGCACAGGGCGGGAAGUGCGCAGGUAUUGAGCGUUGGCCCCAUCUUCAAUAUCUACUCAGUUCGCCGAGAAGACGAGGGCAGUUACGUGUGCACAGCUGAUAACGGAAUCUCCAGGCCAGCUUCCUUCACCUUCGACCUCACAGUAGAAUACGUGGACGUGGAAGUCGACCAGACGGAGGUGGUGGCCUCGACGGAGGACCUGACUGCGCUCCUCUCCUGCACUGUGAAGGGGUCUCCGGAGCCGCUUAUGUCAUGGUAUGACUCCCAGGGCCCCAUCAGGCAGAACGAUCCCCGCCGCCGCGUCUCCUCCAGGGGCGAGUUUCACUACCUUCAGCUAACUGACAUGAAACCAUCUGACCUCGGAGAGUACCAGUGUUAUGGCUAUAACGAGAAGGGACGCGACCGCGAGACGAUCACAGUGACCGCCGCCCCGGGCCCUGUGCGGGUGCUGGAUGCGGAGCCCACUGGCAAGGGCUUCACGUACCGUGUCUCCUGGGAGGUCAACAGUCUGUCUCCCAUCAACUACUACUAUUUCGCGUACAGGGAGCUGAGCUCGGACUUUGUAAUGACCAUAAACGUGCCCGGGACUCGCGACCCUGUGAGUGGCUCCUCUACCAUGUACCACGCCAGCACCGAGGUCACCUUCAACCCAGGUCAGAGCUAUGAGAUCAUGGUGACGCCUGUCUCGGGCAACAAGCCCGGACCCGAGCAGAAGGAAGUCUUCAGGUUCUCCGUCCCAGACGAGCCCGUCCAAGUGGCCAGCACGAACGAGGACGCAUGGAAGUGGUGGAAGAUGAGCAUGACGCUGUUGUCUCGGCUGCCGCAAGUUGCUCGCAUCAUGCAAGAUUAAAGACGGAAAAGAGCCAACAACCGGGGUCA